CGCAUUGUUGUUUGGGGGGGGAAGGAGAAGCCCUGCGAGCGGCUGCUCAUCGUCUGUGGGGGAAGAGAGGGAUCGCUCCUGCUUUUGAAUGGCUUUAAAAACUGUUUUCCCCCCGCGGAUCGCGCUCCGGGAACCGUAGCCUCGGCGUCCACGGCUCACCCGUGUUUUCCGUGAGUCCGGAUUCAGCGGUGAGAGCUGCAACUGCGAGCCGUGGAUGAUAUUCUGUGUGCGGAAUCACAGCCGCCGAGCAGGCCGGGUCGCCAUUACUUUCUGGAGCUGCUGUUUCUGCUGCUGCCGCUGCCGUCUCUGUUACCAGCAGCCUGAAGCGACGGGGCUACGAGCUUUCUAAGGGUCCACCAUGAGGAAGAGAGCACGGCAUUAUAGACCUCCUGCCCCGCAGAGGUCGCGGUCGCCCUCUCCCAUCAAACCCUCCCCGAACCGGGAGACUCUCACCUAUGCACAGGCACAGCGCAUGGUGGACCUGGAGGUGGAUGGCCGGGUGCACCGGAUCAGCAUCUUUGACAAGUUGGAGGUUGUUGCUGAUGAUGACCCCAUGAUCCAGGAGAUGAUGGAGUGCACCAGCAACAAGGAGAACACAGAGAAGCCUCAGCAGGCCCCGCUGCGCUCUGCACGUCUCAAAAUCAGUCAGCAAAAGAAAAGUGCCGCUCUGAAUGCACAGAAGCCUCAGGCACCUGUCUGCACACUCCCAGAGCCCAAGUUCCGCCCUGUGGAGUACAACCUGCCGGCAGUGCCACGGAGAAGCUCGCAGUACUACAAGUACGAGGAGAAGACUUCGGAGGAGCUGGAUGAGGAGGUGGAGUACGACAUGGACGAGGAGGACUACGCCUGGCUGGAUCUGGUCAAUGAGAAGAGAAAGAGUGAAGGUUUCAGCCAAGUGUCCCCCAACGUCUUUGAGUUCCUUGUGGAUCGCUUUGAGAAGGAAUCUUUUUUGGAGAGUCAGGGUCGGCAAGAUCCACAGUCGCUGGUGGACGAGGAUGCCGUGUGCUGCAUCUGCAUGGACGGGGAGUGUCUGGACAGCAAUGCCAUCCUCUUCUGUGACAUGUGCAACCUGGCUGUGCAUCAGGAGUGUUACGGAGUUCCGUACAUCCCUGAAGGCCAGUGGCUGUGUCGCCAUUGCCUGCAGUCUCCUUCCAAGCCUGCCGACUGCAUCCUCUGCCCCAACAAAGGUGGUGCCGUGAAAAAGACUGAGGACGAUCGCUGGGGUCACGUGGUCUGUGCCCUGUGGGUGCCUGAGGUGGGCUUCUCCAACACAGUCUUCAUUGAGCCCAUCGACGGAGUGGCAAACAUCCCCCCUGCUCGCUGGAAACUCACCUGCUACCUCUGCAAGGAGAAGGGCGUCGGCGCCUGCAUCCAGUGCCACAAAGCCAACUGUUACACCGCCUUCCACGUCAGCUGCGCACAAAAGGCCGGCCUCUUCAUGAAGAUGGAGCCCAUCAAAGAAAUGACUGAGGCCGGUGCUCCCACCUUCUCUGUGAAGAAGACGGCCUACUGUGGAGCCCACACUCCCAACGGCUCCGUCAGGAGACCCCUAACCAUAUACGACGACACCAAAAACCAAACCAAAAACGGAUUCUGUCAGACAGCAGAAAAAAAGGGCAUCCAAACGAGGCUGAAAAAGAAGCAGAAGAAAGCGAAGAGCAAGAAGACUGCAGAGCCGGUGCCAGCUGUGCCAGCAACGUCUGUGCCUAGUUUUCCAACUCAACGGUUAAACGCAAUCCUUAAUCAAGUUUCUCUCCAGAAGAAGAAGGUAUUCGUCGAGCUGGUCUUGAACUACUGGACCCUGAAGAGACAAUCUCGGAACGGACUGCCGCUGAUCAGACGACUUCACUCAAGUUUACAAUCCCAGAAAAACACACGGCCUAGGCACAGUGAGGAGGAAAGCCGAGCACUGAAGGAGCAGCUCAAGGAGUGGCAUCGUUUGAGGCAUGACCUUGAGAGAGCCCGGCUGCUGCUGGAGCUCAUCAGAAAAAGAGAGAAGCUCAAAAGGGAGGAGAUGAAGCUGCAGCAGUCGAUGCUCGAGAUUCAGCUUACUCCAUUCACCAUUCUGUUAAGGUCUGUGUUGGAACAACUGCAGGAAAAAGACCAGGCCAGGAUCUUUGCAGAGCCUGUUAGCAUCACAGAGGUGCCUGAUUACCUGGACCACAUUAAGCACCCCAUGGACUUCUCUACCAUGAGGACCCGUAUAGACGCACAAUACUACAGGAAUAUUGAUGAGUUUGAGGCUGAUUUUAAUCUCAUUAUAGCAAACUGCAUGAAAUACAACGCCAAGGAUACCUAUUUCCACCGUGCUGCUGUCAGACUGAGGGACCAGGGCGGGGCCUUGCUCAGGAAGACGAGGCGGCAGAUCGAGUGCAUCGGCUUCGAUUCUGAUAGCGGCAUGCAUACAACUGACGUUCCUAAUGUUGAGGCACCUGCUCAUUUCUCCUGGGAAGAAGUGGACCGGUUGCUGAUCCCAGCCAAUCGGCAGCACAUGUCGCUUGACGAGCAGCUCAAAGAGCUACUGGAGAAGCUGGACCUGACAACGGCCAUGAAGACCAGUCCCUCUCGCAGCAAACGACUGAAGUUGCUGAGGAAGGCCAUUAGUGACGUGAGGAUGGAGAUGAGUCUGAGGAGCGGUCGAACACUCUCGUCUGAGCAGAGGAAAACAGCAGUGGAGCCUUCAGUAGGCUUUAACUCGGCUGAAGAAGGUGACAAAUCAGCUCCUCCAAAACUGGAACCCUCAGACUCGCACAUCCUCCUCCCAAACACAGACGGCCCCUCUGAGCCCCCUACGCUGAAGCCCAUCGAGCCGUGCUCAGAUCAGCACCGACCGCGCAAACCCGACAGACACCUGGACGCCUUCCCAUCCCGCAAAGAAAACCUGAACGGACACUCGCGAGGCCGGCUGCUGCUCGAUGAUGGCGACGUCAGUGUGGUUGCCACAUCUACCCUGGCCGAGCCGUCCGGUCCGGUAAACAGACGGACGUCCAUACUUUUCCGUAAGUCUAAAAGUUCGAGCCCCCAGAAGGCCAUGCGGGGUGGUGAAGCACAGGCUGAGUGUCCUCAGCUGGGCGCCAAGACCUUCUUGUCUGUGGUGAUCCCUCGUCUGGAGACCCUGCUCCACACCAAGAAGAGAACGCGCAGUGCCAGCAGGGGCAGCGAAGGGGAAGAGGAUUUGCCCACCAAACGGCUUAACACUGGCCUGUCGAACGGGUUUGUUCUGGAGCAGCAGAAAAAGUUGAGUCCCAGCAGGAAGCAGGAGCCUCGCCGCAGGUGUGCUUCAGAAUCCAGCAUCUCCUCCAGCGGCAGUCUGCUGGGUACAGCCAGCAGCAUUCCUCUGAGUUUCCCAAAGUGCGGAAAGGGGAAGCCGGCGCUCGUCCGGAGACACACUGUGGAUGACAAAAGCGAACUCAUCGCUUGCAUAGAGACCGGUAACUUCGCUAAAGCUGCUAGACUCGCUGCUGAGGUUGGCAACAGCAAUAUAUGGAUGCCUGCUACUGCUGCAACUGUUGUUCUGGAACCUUUAAAACUAGUUUGGGCAAAAUGUAGCGGAUACCCCUCCUACCCUGCCUUGAUAAUCGACCCUCACAUGCCCCGGGUGGGCUGCCAUCACAACGGGGUGUCCAUUCCAACCCCCCCUCUCGAUGUGCUCAGGAUCGGAGAGCAGAUGCAGUACAAGUCCGAAGAGAAGCUCUUUCUCGUCCUCUUCUUCGACAACAAGCGCAGCUGGCAAUGGCUUCCUAAAUCCAAAAUGGUUCCUCUUGGGAUCGACAAGACCAUCGACAAGAUCAAAACGAUGGAGGGACGCACUUCUUCUAUCCGCAAGGCCGUUCACGUUGCCUUUAACCGGGCGAUGAACCACCUGAACCGAGUUCAGGACGAGCCCACCAGUGACCUUAGUGAUAUCGACUAGCCUCCUCUCUGUACAGCUCAGCGGACCUGGGCGGGGGCGGGGUUUCUAAAAGCCUUAGUAUUCAUCACGCCGGCCUGGCACUUACUCAGAGGUGUCUCUGGGGUGGUGUUACUCCAAACAGGAUUUCUCAGUUUAGAAAUUUGCAGUAAUUGCAGUGACUAAAUGUAUGUCUUUUAAUGUUGAUUUGUUCUGAUUAAUUAACCAUAUCUCAUUAAAUCAAGCAAAGGAAUAAUAUAUAUAUAAAAAACAACACUUUCAGAUUAAGGAAAAAACCUUAACUUUCAGUGGAAGUCUGAAAUAAUAAUAAUAUAUAAAAAAAUAUUUUUAUUUUAUUUCAUUUUGGUACUUUUGUAUUAGCCUAUUCAUUGAACAAUUAUGAAUCACAUUAUGUUAAAGUAAAAACUGUACUGCAUACAUAGUAAAAAAGUGUACUAUGUCAUUAAACUAUAACACAAACAUUAACAAAUUUGUGCAGCAAAUUAAAUGAAAUGCUACUUGAAUUAUUAGUUAGCUAGAUAACUUCAACCCAAAAUGGACAUUUGGACAUUUCUGUUUGACUAGUCUCACUUUUGGUUUAGGUUUUCUUUUAGCUAAACUGAGAAAUCCUGCCUUUAAGGCUAGAGAUGUACUUGCUGUUUGGUCAUGCCUUUACGUAGACAACCAGCUUCAUCAUGAAUGUAACUGUUCACAUAUUUGCCUGUGUGCUACAGGCGUUACUGAGUGGAGGCCUCCACUUGCUGCAGUGGCAAGAACAUAUUAUACAGGUUCAGGUAGCUGUUUUUUGAAGCUCUUAAUCAGAGCCUGUCCAUGGAGACCCUGCCCACUUCUAAUUUCCUCUAGUUAUAUUAGAUAAUUACUGCAGAACUUCUACAGGGAGUGAAUCCCCAAUAAAUGGAUCUGAAUAGCUAAAUAGCUAAAAACACAAAUGAAAAUAGUGUUAGAAAAACGAAAACUCAAAUUGUUUAAUUUUAAAGAGUAGAUUAAUGUAUUUUGCUUUAAAAAAAGCAAAGAAAUCUAUAACUGUGAGCUGAUUGGCUGGAUGCCAGAGUUCCUUUUUUUCUUUUUUAAUCUUUGUCUGCACAGCUAAAACAUUUGAUAUGGUUCUGUAUUUUGGAAAAUGAGAAUUUUUCAGCAUAAACAUUUUGAUUUGAUUUGAUUAAUGCUCCAUUAGAACCCAUUACUUUUUGACUCACUCAAUCCUUUAGUGUCUGUCUAACCUAGAAUGCAUUCUCCAAUGGGUAUUCUCCUCUCUAGAAGUUUUCUGAUUACAUUGAUUCUGCUGAAUGCUGCUCUGCCCCCUGGCAUUUUUGUGUGUGUACUGCACCUCACAUAUAUAUAUUGCGCACAACCAACACACCAAACUAAUGCAGGCUAUGCGAGGCAGCCAUCAUGCAUACGUACGUGAACGCAUACUUUACAGCAAGUACUUUUUUUCUAGCCUUAGUUUGAACCUGUCGCCUGUCUCCUCUCUGCUCUUCUUCGUCCUCCGCUCCGGCUGCUGCUGCUGUGUUGAAUGUGUGGAGAGGUUCCAGCAUUUCUUCCUCACUGUGCCGAGUGACCAUCGAGUGACCGUCGCCGAGUGACUGCUGCCAACCCCACUGCCACUCGCCACGUCUCUCACUUAACUCUGCCUGGCGUUUUCAUUUCCAGUUAUUUAAGGAACUGUGUGUAUAUAACUGUAAAUGACCCCAUGCUAACUUAUUCUGUAGAGUUACCGCAGUGGGUACUGUACAUUUCAUUUCUUUUUUAUAGUAGUAUUUAUAUUCCUUUUCUUUUUUUAUUAUUAUUACUGGUUUGUUUAUUUGACUAAUUUGAACGUGAAUUACCUUCAGCAUCCCCUUGUCUUCCUCACUGAUGCAGGAGAGAGAGAGAGAGAGAGAAAAAGAAAAAAAGAACGUGAAUCAUGUGAUCAUGUGAAGCUCAAGCUCAAGGAACGGAUGUGAGAUCAGGGCUUGAAAACAAUGUGAGACUAUUAUUAUUGUUAUCCUUUUCUCUUUUUUUUCUUUAUCUUUUUUUAUUUUUAUCAUUUAAAUUAUUGAAGUUUAUAUUGCUUAAACUUCACUUUUGGUAUUAAAAGUUUUUUGUAACCAAUAAUGUUUUUUACAACCGUUUUAGCGCUAUUUUGUUCUGAUAUAUUUAUAUAACUAAAUAUAUAUAUAUAUAUCUGUAUUCUUCAGAUUCACACACACAAAGUGGUGUUGUAAUGGAAACUGAAAGUGCGUUGUUCUCAUGAAACCAAAAGAAAAAACAUGCUGCCCAGACAUUUCCAUUUUUAUUUAGAUUGUUUUACAUUAUUUUUUGUUAAUGUAUGUUCUGUUUUGUUUAAUAUAUAAUGCUGUUGUUUUUAUUUGUUAAUAUAACAGUUUGGUUGUGUUUUUGGGACCUUCAAGAUCAUUGUGGAAUAAUGUGCCUGUAUUUUUUUUUUUAUUUAUUGUGAAGAAAUGGGUAAAAAGUGUCUGCAUUGACUUUAUAUUCAGUGGGAAAGAAAGAAUAGAGUAUGUAGUCGUUUAUGGCACAUUCUGGCAGAUCUCUUUUGGUUGCCUUUUGUUUUCUUAUUAUUUUGGUCUGUUUAGUGAGUUAACUCAUUACAUUCAUUUAGUUGUUCACUGGGUAGCGAAGGGUAGAUGUUUGGAUAUCUUUUUUAUACAUCAUAGAAGUUUCUUUUUUGUUUGAUAACAGAACGGUUGCUGGGAUUUCUUUUUUCUUUGCAUUUUUUUUAUAGAUACACUGAUAAUAAAACAGACAAAAGAUAUGAACCACAAAA